CAUUCCAGCGUACAAGCUUGCUCCGUCGCCACCCAGCCGCCUCCCUUCUCGCAGCAGAGCAGAGCCGCCACCCAGCGCCGAUCUAGAUCCCUGGAUCUUCGCGCAAGGCGGCGCGCUCGAGGUGCUUGGCGAGGACCCGGCCGGCGCACGGCAAUGAAGGAGGAGGGCGACUGGAGCAGCUGCGAGAGGCGGCUGCACGUCAGCGCCAGGUCCGCUGACAGAUCCCUCAUUCCGGAAUGGGCUUCACUUCCACCGGAGCUUGUCCAAGGAAUCGCGUACUGCGUCCUCUCCACCGCCGGCGGCGUCGACACAUACACGGACAUGAGGGCCGUCUGCCCCAGCUGGCGCUCCGCCAUCGCCAAGCCAUCUCCGCACGCCGCGUUCGCCGACCACCGUUUCCGUCCACGGCACUGGGUCAUGCUCGACCUCAAAUCCGAGAGCCGCGACGACGACCACCACGACAGGCUCUUCCUCCACGUCCCCACGGGGCGCUUCCGCCGCCUGCGCCUCCCGGUGCUCCGCGACCACCUCGUCCUCACCGCGUCCGACGGGCUCAUCGUGCUCAGAGACAGGGAGCGCCCACGCUUGGCUCGCGUCCUCAACCCCUUGACAGGCGACAUGCUCCACUUUGCUGCGCCCUUGUGGGAAGGGUUAGGGUCUGUGGCUACACUGCAUGCCGCAGUGAGCGGCGGCGGCGCUCGACCGGCGCUGGUCGUGUGGCGGAAAUGGGACAGAAGAGUGCACACGGUCCUGUAUGGUGAUCCAACCAGCACUGAAUUUGCUGAGGGGUACAUUGGCAAGGACUUGCUGACUACCAUGGUUACCUUCCAAGGGAGCAUCUAUCUUGCUGGUCAGCAAGGAUCGGUAUGGAAACUCGUCCCAGCAGAGCACCGCGAUCCUGAGCUUCUAGUCGCAGCUCAGAUGUCGCCUGAUGCGGACAUAUAUUUACAGGAGAACAACAUUGCAAAUUCUUAUCUCGUGGAAUCUGCCGGGGAACUUCUGCUCGUUCGCCAUCGGGAUCAAGCCUUGAAAGUUUUCAGAGUCGAUGUCGAGCACAAGAUGUUGGAGGAGGUCAAGAGCAUCAGCUGCCGCGCACUGUUUCUUGGUGCCGAGAGGUGUGUGUCAGUGGAUGCCAAUAUGCUUCCGUCCAUCGACACUGACUGCAUAUACAUGUUUGAUUGGGUACAAACUCACAUAGAGCGUGUCUUGCAUGUCUAUAACCUAAGGGACGCCACGAUGGACAUUAUCUACCAUCCAAAACAAAGCUUUCACGAGGAUCCCUAUCAUUAUUUAUUUGGAUUAGACAUUUACAGUAGUCACUAUGGAUUUGACAUUUACAGUUUUCACAACAACCAUCAUGUCCGCCCUCUCAGUCUUAUUCAGGUUCUCCUCGACUACUGCAACGGCGAUACGAGCUCUAAUUUUUAAGGAUGAUCAAGGAUUCAAGGACGUGACAAUAAAUCAUCUUCUUACCUCUGUGCUAACACUUGCUUCCUCGGUUCAGUACUUAUAUUCUUCUUACCAAUGUUCUCAGGAGUGUUAAGAGUAUUGGCUGUUGAAUAGUUAUCUGAAAUCCAGUUGUCUCUUUUGUCUGUCUUACUACUUGCAUCCGGUACUCAAUAUAUGUUGAUUUAGUCAUAUAACUUCAUGUGCAGCUAGCAGCUGUUUCCUGCGCAAUAUGUUGUGUGCUCAAAGUAUUACUAGCUUUUUAGAUGGUUACGUCCUUGAUGCACUUAAGUAGUGUCAGGUUCCGAGGUAGAAUGAUCUGAACCCGGUUCAACUAUAUCAGCAGUAUAGAGUUUCAGUCUAGAACCUAAGUAAUGCAAUUUCGUUUAUGUGUAUUCAUGUUUGUGUUGGUUUAUUGGACCAUCUAUAUGGAGCACUAAGUAAUGGCUGAUUUACUGUGUUCCCUGA